AUGUGGUGGCCGAUCCUUCCCGCUCUGCUCCUUCAUUCACAUGCAUCAUUUUAUGCCGUUGAGAAUGGACCGCAGUUAUCACAUUAUGAUAGUGAUAAGCAGAUAGCAACUCUAAUGCAUUUGUUAACGCAAACCAACAAAGGCAGGCGACAAUCUUCUUAUAAUGAUGAAUACAGCGAGUCAGAGAGUAACGUUAUGUACGACAUCAAUAUCGAAAAUGCAGAAAAUGCCCCCGUUCAAGGAACAGCUGCAAAAUUGAUAACAACACAGAAAAAAGGACAAAGCGAAUAUGUGGGAUUCAUUGAACCGGUUUCAAACCAGAUAAACCAGAUAAAGCACAGGGAAAUGUUGAAGAAAAGGGUAGAGGACCAGCAAAUGGUUCAGCAAACUAACUUAAGACCAAUGCUUCAUCUCGGUAAUUUCCUAACUUUAGCAGUAGCAACAGCUUGCAUGCUAGCGGUGGUAAUUGGAAUCGCAACCGGCAGCUAUUACUUUUUCAAGGAUCGAUCUCAAAAAUCUCCAGCAGACAGCUGUGACUUUACAUAUGCGCCCACCGGUCCUGGAAAAAGCAGGAAAAAAAAAGGUGGUGAUGAAGGACUGGCAUAUAAGGCGCAACUACACCAUUAUCAGCAAGCAAAACAGAAAAUAAUAUCAGGUGAAGAUGGCACAAUAACGCUUCCGGAUGGCUAUGAGAGCAGUGAAACAUCCGAUGACGAGAACAAUUUUUCGGUGUAUGAAUGCCCUGGUUUAGCACCAACUGGUGAUAUCGAAAACAUCUUUAAUGUUUUACCUUCAUGUGGGAUAGAAUUACCCGAUGUUGUGGAUCUCCACAUAAUGAAGUGUCUCAGUGAUAUUCGUGAAGUCGAGAAGUGCAUCAAUAUUAUGGUCGAUUGUGUCGAUACGUGGAGAAAUCUCAGUGCCCAAUUAGAAGCUACGAGAAAGAUGCCGCGAUAUACAUCGCUUAUGCUGCAUUCAUCAAGUUGGCAACCGGGAUUAAUGGCACGAAUCGAACUUGAAAUCGAUGCUGUUGCUAGCAAACUGUCCGAACAAUGGAAACAUGUUGAGGAAAUCACCGAUAUGCUAAAUAAUUUUGUCGCAGCUGAAUGUCAGUCUCAAAAGACUACACAAUUUUCUUUUCUUCGACAAGAUCUUCAGCAUCUUCUAUCAUAUCUUGUGGUGGAAGUAAUGAAGUGGUAUGAAAUAGACAAUAAAGUGACUUGUCCCGCAGUUAUUGCAUCCAUCAAACCAAAUGUUGAUGUGGUAAAAGCCAUUGCGCGCUGCAUGCAAAGUUUGGAAACCACUGUAAAUCAUAUGUCCAAAAAGUCUUGA